AUGCAAAGAGCUGGUGCGGAGACGUCUACUUUCUGCCGCUAUUCGGCAUCCCACCAAUCAACCGGUCAAGCAACACCGCUCCGACAGAACGAGCUCGCCCACGACAAGGCAAAAGUCGUCGCUUUGUGCUCCGAGUUGGAAGCAUAUUCUUCAACUCUAGAGGCGACAAUGAUUCUGCUCAGUGGAUCAAGCGCGGCCAGUGGAUCAUCACUCAUCGAGGAAGAAGUUAUACCAAUGAGGACGAAUCAGGCCUUGAAGAGGUCCCUCCGAAGAAGCCCGCUCAAAAGUAAGAAAAAGCGGCCUUCGAAGAAGCACAUCGUUCUAGCACACCAAGCCUCUGAAUGCGAAUCUGAGACUUCAGAAGAUAAGGAGGAAAUCGCUCCCAGAAAACGUGCUCCAGUUAAAAAGCGGAAGAAAAGGACAGUCAACGUCAGCGCUUCUUCCUCUUCUGAAGAUUCAAACACUUUGGUGGGCUCGGACGCAGAUGAAGAAAGUUCCGAAUCCGAGGAGAGCGUCUUUCCGAAGCGUGGAAGAGCCGUUACAUGCACUUCGAUUGAGCAGGCCUCAGCCAAGCAGAUCGCCAAAAAUGCAGUCAAGCCUGCGCCCCUUCCCGAGAGCGACUCGGACUCAACAGAAGAAGAGUCUAACAUAGACGAAGAAGGCUCGGAAUCCGAAGAGGAGAUUAGAGCUAGAGACGCACGAAAGCCCGUCUCUUCGGCAAGCAAGUCUGAUUCCAGUGAGGACGAAUCUGCAGAGGAGUCUAAAGGAGAGUCCGAAGCGGAGGCUGACGCUAGCGAAGAAAGCUUCGACGAAGAUGCCGCUGUUGUUAGAAAGCAAGCCCCUACAGAAUCCGACUCAGAUGAGGGCAGCUCACAUUCUGGGGCUUCUGCUGCUGUUACAGCAGAGCCCACGAAGGUCUCAGAGAAUAUCUUGAUGAAAAAUACAGAGUUCGCAACUAGGGCCUCCAUGAGGAUGGUUCAGAUUGCCCAGAAGCUCAAGCGCAAUAAGAAAGAGGUUCAGAUCCGGAUCCAAGAAAUAUCGGAACUAGCCGAGGAGAAUGGAUCUACUAUCAAUACCCUCGGCAAGAUCUUCGGAGACCACAUUAAAGACGACAUCCGGAAGAACAAGGAUCCUCCCAAACCCCAGCUGAAGCACCCACAUCACGGAAGGGUCGCGCCUGCAAUAAACGGCCCUAGUGACAAGCAACCUAACGGCAAAGGCAUGGAGAUUUGCAAAGCCGGCAGCACCACGAAGAUAUGCUCCAUGAUUAUCCUCUCCGUCCUAUGCUUCAUCUUAUUCAUCUGUGCCCUCGAUCUCCGGCGCCGCCACAAUCAACACCCUGCCACCCGUAAGCCUACCCCCGGACGAGCAGACCGACGUGCUCCGCACGCUAUCGCGGAUCUACCCGGACAAGAAGAUCCUAAGGCUUUGGGAUUUUAG